GAAACCUUCAACUUCUACUUCGCAGGUACAUGGUUGCGGCCAGAGACAUUAAAGCUGGUGAAAUGAUCCUAUCAGAAACACCUGUAUUGAUUGGUCCCCAAGUAGAUGGACCGAUGAUAUGCUUCAAUUGUUGCGGAGGCAUUAGAAAAGGAUAUAUUUUUUGUCAGAAUUGUAGUACUGCGAUUUUGUGUAGCCCUAAAUGCACAGGAAAGCUGCACUCAAAAGAAGAAUGCGCUGUUUUAAAAACGUGUCCCGUAAAAGGCGAGAACUUAGCAGAAAACCCAUCGGCCGCUUUCCCGUUACGAUGCAUUUUACUGAGAAGCCAUAACCCGGACAUAUGGAAGCAAAUCUCACUGUUGGAGCCACAUUUAGAGGAACGCAGGCACUCGCCCAUUUGGAGAAGACAUCAAAUUACGGUGGAACUUUUCUUACGGAAAUUUAAAGCGUUGAGUGAUGAUGAUUUGCAACAGGAAUUGGUACAACGCAUCUGCGGAGUGCUAGACGUGAAUACUUUUGAAGUUCGACCUCCUCAAAGUAAUUUGGUCGUUAUAACAAACCCAGAAAAGCAGUGUCUGAGGGGACUGUACUUGAACGCUGCUGUCAUGGCUCACGACUGUAUCGGAAAUACGUUUUUAUCAGUGGACGAUGAUUUUGUCUUGACAGUCAAAGCAAGUGUCGACAUUCAAGAAAAUACACCGAUAUUUUUCAACUAUGCAAAUGCUUUACAUGGCAGCAGCGACAGACGACAACACCUACGCGAAGGCAAGUACUUUGACUGUUUCUGCACCAGAUGCAAUGACAACACGGAAUUAAGUACUGAAAUGAGCUCUUUGAAAUGCCACAAAUGCUACAAAGGUCUUAUAAGGGUGAAAGAUCCUAAAGAUCUAAAUUCAGAUUGGGAAUGCAGCUUUUGCAAAAAGAUGUAUAGACGGUGGCUUAUAAGAUCAGUUGUUGAUGAGGGUCGCAGAAAAGUCGAAGAAACAGUCCCAACCUGCGUAAAGGAUAUGGAAGAUCUCCAAAAUAAGCUACUACAAACCUUUAAUAAGGAUCACUAUCUCUUGCUGGAAUUGCAAGAAAGUAUGGUAGGGAGCUACAUGCGAUUACCGCCUACUAAGAAUAAUUUAACGAAAAGGAUAAAACUGUGCGAGAACUUGAUAAAUGUGUUUUCAAAAUUAGAACCAGGAAUAUCAAGAAUUAAAGCUUUGACACUGUAUCAGCUUCAAUCAGCAAUGAUAGACUUAGCGCACAAGCAGUACCAAGACAAAGAUAUCAGUCUAAGCCAACUUGUAACCAAACUGGCUGAAGCCGAAUCAAAACUUAAAGAAUCACUCAAGCACUUGCUGCAUGAACCUCCAAAGAGUCCAGAAGGAAGAAUUUCCCAAAUGGCGCUAAGCGAAUUGAAAAUGUUGAGAAAUUCUGUAGGAAAUAUGGAGCGAGAUAUUAUGUUUGCGGAGGUUGAUGGUAAGGAUAAGACUAGAAGAGGUAGCAGGAAGGCCAAUGCAGGAGGAAGAAAAAAUGAACUGAAUGUAGAGAGUGGUAAUAAAGAGGUGAAGACUGAUGGUACCAUUAAAGAAGGACAGUUGGAAGCAAAUAAAGGCAAAGGACGAAGACGUAACAAGAACAGAAAAUGAAAUACUACUUGAAGGCAACCAUUACUGUUUUUUUAUGAUCUCUUAUUAACGUUUUCAGAUCGGAGAAUUUUGAAUAGCAACCCUAAGAUGCACUAUUUGCCAAUUCUUAAAGAAUCUAUAUCUUUUUUUUCACAAAGAGAUAUCUCAUCACUUUUUUACUGAACAGGUGAUCCCAAUUUCUGUAGGAAGAACCACAACUAGUAAAAAUGUUGGUAUGGGUUGUCUCAUCAAAUAAGAACAGUCAGACAUUACACAUUUAAAAACAAUAUCGCGUUCUCCAAAUAUGGACGCCAGUUUUUCUCUGACUCUUAAUCAUUUAUUUUGAGCCACGUUGUUGUUAUAUACAGUACUUUUCUUUAAUGUCCCCCUCCGCUUUGAUUUUUUGAACGGGUCAAUUCAAAAAAUUGAAACUUGAGGCAUGGAUAAGAUAUCUUAGAGUAAAAUCGACAGAUGAAAAUGUCAAGAUGUCCGCUGGACGCCAUCUUGGAAAAACACAUCAUUUUGAAGCUCCUGACGAGUACUUUAUAUCCCUAGAUUAUAAAGCCAAUACCUCUACCUACUACAAAAUGGUGGUACAUUUAAUAAUUACUUUAACACAAACCCACUAACAUGCAUAUCUAUACAAAUAAUUGUAAUUCCCUGCCGUUUCCACAGCAACAGCGGUAAAAGCUUGUUUUGUUAUUAUUUGUUGACAGUGACAAGAAUAACAGUACGACAACAAACAUCAUUGUACAGUUAAAGUAUUCUUAUUUAGUUUUCGGUUUUAGUGCUAGAUACUGUUUGAACUAUUUUUAACGGUCAAUUCUUGUCCACUGGAAUGAAAAGUCGAGGCGAUUUUUAUUUAAGGUGCGACGCGUAACUUUCAUGAGACUGAAAUGAUUUUUAAUGAUCGUUUCCCGAAUCGUCCUAUCUGUUGGAAAUAUUUAAGGGAACUUGUAUCUAAAUUUACAGCUACUGGUAGUGUAAACAACAAAAAGCCCCCAGGUCAUCCGACCAUCCCGGAAGAAAAGCAAGUUCAAAUAAUUGAUGAGAUCAUAAUAAAUCCCCAAUAUAUUUAUAUUAUCUUCGCAUUUAUAACAUUUAUUCACUAUUCAUUAUAAUUUAACUUUAAACAAAACAAAAAAAAAUAACACAUACAAUGGAAUCAAUAAUUUAUUGGAACUGCAAUGGUAUCGUACAAAAAUAUUGCGACCUAAAAAUAUUACUGCAUGACCAUGACCCCAUCUGCGUAUGUGUGCAAGAGACUCACUUACGUCCUAAUUUUCCGAAUAACCUAAAAAGGUAUAACAUCAUUAGGAAGGAUAUCUCAUCUGAAAGCAGAGCUCAUGGAGGUGUUGCAAAUAUUAUUAAGAAAGAUGCUAACUUUGAAAGUAUCCAAAUAAUGUCUCCAUUACAGGUCGUUGCAACCAGGAUCUUAACUCCAUUUAAGGUAACUGUUUGCAACAUCUACCUUCCAAAUGGGGAAUGGCAAUUGGAGGACAUUGAGUAUAUUAUCUCGCAGCUACCCACACCAUUUCUACUUGUAGGAGACUUCAAUGCGCACAGUCCAUUAUGGGGAUCUACUAGAACUGACUCUCAAGGGCGCUCAAUUUCCAAACUAUUAGAAAGAGAUGACCUUACAUUGCUAAAUGAUGGUUCACCCACACACUUUUCUGCGCGUUGUCAAAGCUUCUCAGCAAUUGAUUUGGCUAUAUGUUCAUCCACAAUUGCUGGCCGUGUCAUCUGGUCUGUCUUAGAUGAUCUUCAUAACAGUGACCAUUUUCCAUGCAAGGUGACCCUCGAUACACACAAAGCCAAUACACAAAUUCCUCAAUACUGGAUCAUGCCAAAAGCAGAUUGGCAUACAUAUGAACAGCAAUUUUCCUCCUUGGAACUUUCUCAGGACAGCAGUGUAUCGGUAGAGUUUAUAACAAACGUUAUAAAUGAAGCGGCUCUUACUAGUAUCCCACUCAGUAGAGGUAUCCCAGGUUGACGUACACUACCCUGGUGGAAUAGUGAAAUUGCUGAAUCUAUCAAAAUAAAGAAAAAUAUGCUAAAUACAUUCAGAAGGCAUCCUUCCACGGCAAAUUUGAUUUCCUUUAAGCGGGCCAGAGCUAGGUCUCGACGCCUAAUGUUGGAAAAUCAAAGGCAGUCGUGGAAAGAUUAUGUAUCCAGCAUAACAUCUGAGUCCCCAUCAAGUGAGGUAUGGAAUAAAGUUCGCUCGAUCAAGGGUAAUGGAUCACUAAGACAAAUAAACCACCUCCGCAAAAUAGACGGAACAACCAUAAAUGAUGAAAAUAGCAUCGCCAAUCACCUUGCUGACCAUUUUGCUAACAUCAGCAGCUCCUCCAACUAUAAUCAGACCUUUAGAGCCCAGAAAAUGCAACGAGAGAUCCAUAUAGAUUUUUCCACAAAUAGUUGUCUCAAUUAUAAUGUUUCCUUUGAAAUGCAUGAAUUAGAGGCAGUACUUCAAUAUGUCUCCAGAUCAGCUCCAGGUCCAGAUAAGAUUAAUUAUGAAAUGAUCGUACAUCUACCACAGAAAUUGAAAGUAAUCCUGCUGAACAUCUACAAUGAGAUAUGGGUAAAUGGUGUAUAUCCUACAUGUUGGAAACUUGCCACAAUUGUACCAAUUUUGAAAGAUGGUAAAGAUCCCCUGGUGGCUUCCAGUUACAGACCUAUAAGCUUAACCUGCUGUUUGGGUAAGAUACUGGAAAGAAUGAUUUGUGAACGUUUAAUGUGGAUUUUGGAAAAUGAUGAACUGCUUGUAUUACACCAAGCAGGAUUCAGGAGGUUUAGAUCCACAUUGGACCAACUAGUCUACAUUGAGGACUUGAUACAAAAUGGCUUCAAAAACAGACAGCAUACUGUCGCUGUAAUGUUUGAUGUAGAAAAAGCCUAUGAUAUGACGUGGAGAUAUGAUAUCCUCAAACAGUUACAUCGCUG